UAUAACAACAUGGCGGCCAUCAACAGGGAGAGGCCGCGAGGUGGCAGUCAGCGUAAAGAAACGUCCGGAAUGUUGAUGUCUGUAAUCAGAACGCUGUCGGCAAGCGAAGACUUAGAACAAAGAGAAAUUGAGAAGUCAAAAUUAGAAAAGGCAUACAGGGAAUGUGAUAGGAAACUUGGAAAGCUAGUUGAAGCUCAAUACGAUGAUCUACAGUUUACAAUUCAGUCAUUUACUGGAAUAUCCACUCGGAUAACGAAGUCAAGGGAGAAACUGAGCACUCUAAAAGAUGGUCUGACAUCAUGUAAAGCUCUGCUGCAUUGUAGACGGGAUGAAAUCCGGAAACUAUGGUUAGAAGGUGUGGAGCACAAAGAAGUUCUCUCUUUAUUAGAGAAAAUUGAACAUGUGAAAGAAACACCUCAUAAGUUGGAAGAGUACAUGAGCAAGAAACAUUAUUUACAUGCUACAGAGUUACUCACAUCAGCUGUUAUAACUUUGGAGGGAAGCUUGUCAGUUGUAGAUGCACUUCGAGAGUUGAAAGUAGUACUUCAGAAAAAGAAAGCGGAACUACAUCAAGUAUUAAUUGAUGAAAUGCACAGAAAUUUAUAUGAGAAGUCAGCUGUGUUUUCACAGAGUACUUUCAAAAGGGGAGCUUCACAUCGUGGAUCAGGUAGAAAAGAUGUGACCGGCACCCCAGUCAGGAAAAUAACUCUCUUAGAACAAGUACAUUGUAAAUCAAGGACACCUGGUAUGGGAGAUUUCUUAGAUGAUGAACCUAAGCAUAUUGUGGAGGAUUUAAAUGAGAAUCCUGAAGAGGACAGCGUGUAUUUCAUGUCUAUUUUGAUUGAGUCUCUGUAUGUACUCAAAAAAAUACCUGAAGCUAUUGAGUCUGUUAAGAUACGAAUGCAGCCAGAGCUGAAAAAAAUAGUCGAUAGGACAACCAAUGAAAUAUUAGAUAUGAGAAACCAACGAGAAGAGACCACUGCUAAACAAGACCAACCCAAACUAUUGCAAGAGUUACUAGAAUGUUUAUUUGAAAAAUUUCGCUGUGUUGCAGCCGCUCAUAUGAUUACACUUACUAAUUCUGCUUCUCAAGUUAAUACAGAUUUUCAGCUUUAUGACAUGCAAGAAGUCUGGUCUAAAAUACAAGCUGUACUACAAAUGUUGCUAGGUGACUACCUUGAUGUCAAGAACACUGCAGCAACCAAACAACAAACACCUACAACAUUUACUACCACCAGUAGCACUGAUGUUGGUUCCUACUUCUCAAAAAGGAGAUACACACGACCCAAAAUGUCAUUAUUCAAGUUUGAGCAGUCAUCACAUGCUAUUAGUAUGAAUAAUUACCUGAGAGAACAGAAACAGCCUGGAUUCUAUGGCUUGGAUACAGAGAAACAGGACACAGAUGAACCUGUAUUUGUAUGCGAUCCAUCUGCUAAGAAUAUCACAGCCAUAUUUAAUCUAUUAAGAUUAUUCAUCCGAGAAAUAGAGGCUAAUAUUGGAUGUUCACCAGGGUCUCAUUGUACGCUUCAUGGAUUUAUAUCAGAUUUUAUCAAAGACAUAUUUCUAGGCCAAGUUCAUUGUGAAAUCAACACUAAAAUAGAAGCUGUGACUAAGGGUGGUGAAGGCUUGAGAACUUUAAUUGAUGCCCAAGCACAAAAAAUCCUAGGUGUAUCCAGACCUCUUUUACAGAGCACUGUUGCUGUAGAGAAUGCUGUGAGUGAUUUACGUGAUUUGAUGCAAUCAUUGCCAGCCUACGCUGAUCAGUUUCUCAACAUGAUUUGUAAAGUAUUGCAAGAAUACAAAGACAUUUGUCAUAAUGCCUACAGAGGUAUAGUACAACCAGAAGCUGAAGACAAGCGGAUUAUUAGUGCAACAUGGGCUAAAGACGAAGACAUUUCAAGAUUAUUGAGGUCAUUACCAAACUGGACAAAUCUACAGAAACACAGAAAAGAUAAAAAUGACAUUGAGGUGGAAAGUUUGGAUGAUAUUAGAGCUAGAAAUACCAAGGAAUCAGAACUGUUGAUUGGUAACCUUGGUGAUAAAGUAAUCCCUAAGCAUGAAGUCCUGCUGGAUGUCAAUGUGUUGAAGGCAUUGGCCAAUCUGCAUGAAAGUUUAGAAUGGUUUGCAGGUAAAAUCCAGUCGUUUUAUUGCACAUUAUCUAAUUCGUCAGCUGUUAUUAUGUCUGUUGAUUAUAGACCAAGUGAUAUUCCUGUGUUACCAGAGGCAACAUUAAAGUCUUUAUCCAGUCUUAACAGGGAAUAUCAAGAUAUGGCGGAAACCUCUCUACUUGUGCUUCACCUAGAAAUAAGAGUUCAUUGUUUUUAUUACCUUAUGCCAGUACUUAUGCAGACCGCAUUUCAUUCGUCCACUGACAUUUCUGAUGCUGAUUCUAGCGUUAUCAAACUUAAUAAAGAUUUAGUUGCGAUUGAAGAAGCUUUGAACAGCAGUUUACAACAGCAUAAAUUCCAAAUGAAUGAAAAUGGAAUCAAGAAGAUGUGUCGUAAUAUCUUCAGUAUCCAACAAAAUCUGACUAAUAUCACCAUGUCAAGAGAAGCUGAUCUUGACUAUGCACUUUCUUAACAUAGUGUUUUCUUCUUACAGGAGAUUUUAGACCAGAUAGUAAGCCAGGGAGCAAGAUUUGAUGAAUUACAAUAUUUGAAUUUAUUAAAACUCCAACAUCGAUGCCAAGCUGGUUCUGAUCCUAAACUACUCCGUAACCGAGAAAAUAGACUUCGGGAAAUCAUGAAACAAACAAAUGGUAUCUAGUACAAUUAAUGUUACAAGAUGGUAAACAUGAUGUUCAUAGCCUUGCAUACUUUUUACCUUAGAUGUCUGAGUACAAGUCCCUCCCCUCCCCCUUCCAACAAGUCAUUUAUGCACAAUAAAAAUGAGAAAAAGAAAUUCAUCAUUAAAUAAAGUAUGAUCUAUCUUCAAGUCAAAGGCAGCAAUUUGUUUACAACUUGUGGGGCCUGGAUCAAUCCAAAGUUAAAGGAUUCAUCAAAGAUGAAACUGAUCAACAACACUUUCUUGCCCAAACUUCACGCAACACAAUUAUUUUCAAAUCUAGGUGAAAACAAAUGUUUUGACACAUUGCAGCUAUACACAUGUUGUUUCAUAGCAAAAAAAGUCAACUCGUUUCUAGUCACUUAUAUCGGACUAUGGUUAAAUCAAUGACUUUUUUUUAGUACCGGUACACCUGGCAAUUUUGUCAUGAAUAAAUUAGCAUAAAUUAUUGCUCUUAAGAAGUUUUGUAUUUGUUUAUAAGUUGCUCCUCUGAAUUUUUUGUCAGUUUGAUGUUUUCUGGAGGAGUUUUGUACCCUCACAACUACGGUAUAUCCAAUGAGUGACAUCACAGAUUUAUUCUACAGUUACAAUAUCUUGAAUCAUGUAUGCUUUAUACAAUCCUUCAAUAUGUAAAUAUGUUACCUUUU